CUGCACAGCAGCUGCCAAGGAGCGCACAGGAGGCACAAAUGCGCUCAGAGACACUUUCAGCUGAGGCUCACCGGGACUUUGCUCAAGUUAUUGAAAAAAAUCUACAAGUUCUCUGCCGAUGACGAACUGAUGAUGAGAGAAGAAGUCAAAGUUCGAGAGAUAAGUGGAGGAAUAUGUGGAGGUUUUUUACGCGCUGUCGUUUUGACAGUGGCACCAACGCGUUGAUUUCUUUAUUAAAAACGCGUCCUUUAAAAGAGUGACUUUUAAAGUAUGACGUCCUUUGAUGUGGCAUGUUUCCUGCGUUGUGUCCUCAUGCCCAGGAUUGCGACUCAUGGGAUGUAGUAAAUGGAGAGCCGCGCUCAACUUCGGACACCUGAGGGUGCAGUCCAAGCUGUCCGUUUUCUUUACCAUGAUCAUCAUCUUCACUUACCUCUUUUACUGCCUCAAUGGAUACUGUGACUCCUUACCCAGGCCAGUAUAUGACCAACAGAAUAAUUAUCAGAAUAAAAUCACUUUAAACGAUGGAGCGUCCCAGCAGGAGAAAAUUACGCACAACGCGUCUCAGGUUUUCCGCGAACAGAUGUCGGACUUGUCAAACAGCGAGGCCUCCUCUGAUAAUAUCUCUAUAGCUAAUAGUUUCGGAACAAAAAAGUUCCCCCAGGCCAUCAUCAUCGGGGUGAAGAAAGGUGGCACCCGCGCCCUGCUGGAGUUCCUGCGGAUUCAUCCGGACGUGAGAGCCGUGGGAUCCGAGCCGCACUUCUUCGACCGGUUCUACGAUAAGGGACUGGACUGGUACAGAAACCUGAUGCCUCGAACUCUGGAGGGCCAGAUCACCAUGGAGAAGACCCCCAGUUACUUCAUCACCAAAGAAGCCCCUCGCCGUGUGUUCUCCAUGAGCCGCCACACAAAGCUCAUCGUGGUGGUGCGUGACCCCGUGACCCGGGCUGUUUCUGAUUACACCCAGACUCUGACCAAAUCUCCCGGGCUCCCGUCCUUUCAGAACCUGGCCUUUCGCAACGCCACCACAGGCCUCAUCGACACAACUUGGAGUGCCGUGCGCAUCGGCAUCUACGCAAAGCACCUGGAGUACUGGCUGCGCUUCUUCCCGCUCUCACGCCUUCUUUUUGUCAGUGGCGAACGCCUCGUGACGGACCCAGCGGGCGAGAUGGGCCGGGUCCAGGACUUCCUGGGGCUCAAACGGGUGGUGACGGACAAGCACUUCUACUUCAACCAGACCAAAGGUUUCCCGUGCCUAAAGAAGCCCGAGGGGAGCAGCAGGCCUCGCUGCCUGGGGAAGUCGAAGGGCCGGCCCCAUCCCCAGAUCCCCUCUGAGGUCCUGCAUAGGCUCAGAGAUUUCUACAGACCCUUCAAUCUCAAGUUUUACCAAAUGACCGGCCACAAUUUUGGCUGGGACUGAACGUCCGCUCUCCAAAGCUGUUAGAAACUGUUAGUAGCGUUCUUGUUCAGCCAACCCAAAAAGCCACACAGGGAUAUCUUGAAGACUAUGUGUUACCAAAGCUUUUACUGUGCAAAAUAUGCCUUUUAUUUUUGAAAGUAUAACAAAUGAUUUUCCUCUCAAGAUUAACAACUGCAAUGCUAAUAAAGUUUGUGAGGGCUUCAAUCCCUUAAACCACUACAGCAAAGCUUUUGGGAAGCAGUGGCUGCUGACCCAAAUUGACAAGCACAAGCCAGAUGGAAAUCAUAUUUGCACUUGGCACUCCGAGAAGCAGGAGUUUGAUAAGCUCUUAAUGCUCUCCAAAAAACUUAACAGCCUCAAUGUUGAAAACAACUCCGGAAAUGUGCCAACAACAGAUGUGCCUAAAAUAUAUAAAUGGCAAAAGAGUAACGAGCCUUAACGGCCUGGCAAAGCUACGAUGAACAAAAUGACAUAUUGGAGCAUCCAGAGAGCCAUUGGUGCUCUGCUAAAAAAAACUACAAACAUAGACAGUAAGAAAAAAUGGUUUUGAACGAUGCACAAUCAAAUAAAAAAGGUAUUCAGAAUUAUUGAAUCAUGUCGGCAUUGUUCAGUUCACCUCCGUCAUAUUUUUAGAUUGAUGCAGUUUUAGGGAGUUAUUUUCUUUCAAUGCAAACUCUUUUUCUGAGCUGUCCUUGAUUUAAAUUGAAGGCUACAGUAUGGUGGGUACAGUACCAGAAAUAUAAAAUGCAAUCCAAUAUGUGCUGUAAAUUUGCUGAUAUUUAUGUUGCCAUUUCACUGCUUGUAUAAAAUGUUCUCUGCAGACGAAACCAGCAUCUGUGAUUGUUUUCUACUUCAUUUAUCCAACACUCACCUCCACAAACAGAACAUGCAACUGUAUAUUUCUAAAGUAAUUUAUAAGAUGACAAACUAUUGUUCUGAUGUUUUCUCUGAGACUUUUGUAUUUGAAAUUCUGCUGGAAGUUCUGACUAAAACUUUUAUUCUUAAA